AUGUCGCCCUCUGAGCGGAGACCGCCCCUUGAGAGUGUCACUCCAUCUAUUCGAUUUGACCCUCUCGCUGCCCGUAUUCCACGCCAAUCACAGCUUGCGAGGUUUCAACGCGAAGACCAGAGAGAAGGAAACGCUCUUGUCACCCUACCCGACAGUUCUCGAGAUGUGAAGUCAGCGAUUCAAUACCACAAAUCUCGUGCCGCUCAGGCGAUCAAGCUUUUCCAGAAGAAGUUUGGGAAGCAGCCCGAGCAACCGUCGACAGAGUCUGCCCAACCAGACUCAAAGGGGCGCAACUCGACCUCACAUGAGGAAGCGAGUCGCUGA